AUUAUCACAAAAAAAAAAAGCCCUAGCUAACAGCUAAAACCAAAACAGAUCAUAGUCAGAAAAAUCUACUAAAAGCUUAGAAAUUUAUUAGAUAAUAAUCAAAAAAAUAAAACCUUUCCUCUAAUUAAAACCUUAAAAAUCACAAGAAAUGGAAGAUAAUAAUAAUCAUGGGAUAUCAGGUUUUUGUAUCCAAACACAAGGAACAAAAAGUAGGGUUGGUUGUUAUGGUGGUGGUCCGGGUGGGGCUCCGAAUAGUGGAACCAAAUGUGGUCGGUGGAACCCCACGGCAGAACAAGUAAAGGUUUUAACAGAUUUGUUUAGGGCAGGACUUAGAACACCAAGUACUGAUCAGAUUCAAAAGAUAUCAACUCAGUUGAGUUUUUAUGGUAAGAUUGAAAGUAAGAAUGUUUUUUAUUGGUUUCAAAAUCACAAGGCUAGAGAAAGACAAAAACGACGUCGUGUUUCUAAGGAUCAAUUUGAUUCUCCGUGCUUUCAACUUGAUGAUCAUCUUAAACCCUUUGCACCUCCUACUAAAUAUUUUGGUGAGAUAAAUCAGAUUUCAUGUGAGCCAGCAGAUAGAGCCAUAGAAACACUACAACUCUUUCCAUUGAACUCAUAUCAUAAUCAAGAAUCGGAUAAGCUAAGGAUGUUUUCAAAUGAAUGCUGCAAGGAGAAUAACGCAACAUUUGCUGCUUACACUAUUACUAAAGAAUUGGAUCACCCUCCUUUGGAUUUGCGCUUAAGUUUCUUUUAAUUAAUUAAUAAUUAGG